AUUUUCUUUCGCGUGUUCCGUGACCCAGACAGUCGAUUAAAAACGCAGAGAAAAAUUUCAGGAAAAAUUGGGACUUCUGAUAGAUCAAGUGGGGUCUACAAUGACAGGUGGCGAUAAAAUUAAUCGACCAAAAACGGCUUUGCAGAAAAAUAUUAGCAAGCUCACGAGAGUAAAAAAAGCACAGAAAAAGAAGCAACAACAGAAAAACAAAGGAUCCAAGCAAAGUAACAACCAGAGGGGCAGUGCUUCAAUAUCUGCAAAAAAGAAGAGACUUAUAAUGAAAGAAAUAAAAAAGCAAAGAAAAGAAGAAAAUGCAAUGGAAGUUGUUACACAGCAGCAAAUUCAUAAGAAACCAGAGGGAAAGAAAAUCAAGGAGACUAAGGCUGAGAAAAUGGACACAAGCUAAUGUCUCUGAAAAAGGAACAGUAACCGGACAAAAGAGGGGACUCUCUCUUCACAUGGGUUGUUCAUGUUUUGAUUCCAUACUGAUUUAGAGAGCUACAUGUUUAACUUUGUCCAUCAGUUGUUCAAGUCUACACAAGCACAAUCUUACCCAUUAAGGCUUGCAUUUAGUAAAUGAGCUACUGAUGUUGUUGUUUUUCCUUCAACCUCGUAACCCUUAAGAGUGACUAACAUCCAAUUUCUCCCGACCUCAAUCAAAUAACAAUAAAGGAGAUGGUCACCAA